UAAACAACUUUCAUCGGGACACUCUUAAAAGUUGCCUCUGCGCUGCGUAUUGAAAUAAAAUAUAAACUCUACACUUUAAAACUACCGUGGUACAAGAACCAACUCGAACAAAAUCCACAACAUUUUUUCCCCCAAAAAAAAAAUAACCCAUCACAUUUUUCAAAUUUUUUAUUCGCAGCUAUAAAAUUAACUAACGUUUUCCACUGGCAUUUUUUUUGGAAUUUACAGAAUCAGUGAUAAGUGUGUUUCUAAGAAAUUUUUAACAAUGGUUUGAAUCAACAACAACGGAGUGUUUUUCUAAAAAAAAAAAGUGUGAUUAUGUAAUUUUGUGGCAAAAAUACAAAAACAAGUUUUUUAUUAAAAAUGUGUAAUCGAAUAAUUUGUGUAUUUUUAUUAAUAUUUUGUGGAAUUUAUACGGUUUACGGUAUAAAAUCCGGUUUAUAUAUUGAUAAUGGUUACGAUCAAACGGUUAUACAUCAUGAAUUAUCGUAUACGGAGAAACAAGAAAUGGAAACGGGAUUACUGAAUAUAUUAGGUUUACCGAAUCGUCCACCAAAGAAACCAAUUGUGAAUGCAACGAAUUUACGGCGGUCGUCGACGAAAUUCUUGUUGGAAAUUUAUAAAUCGCUAAUGGAAAAAGAGAAUACGGGACGUAUGCCAAGAGAUUUACCCGAUAUGAAUAUUUCACAACAGGAAUUGAAUAUUGCUGAUGCGAUUAUGACAUUUGAAAGUCAUGAUAAUCAAAUAAGUGGCGUACGCCAUGAACGUGGUAAACGAUUAUGGUUUGAUGUAUCAGAAAUACCAGCUGGCGAAACAAUUAUGAGCGCUGAAAUACGUUUAUAUCAAGAUAUGGAAUAUUCAAAGUUAAAGCAUUCAACGAAAACAUAUACGGUCACUGUUUAUGAAGUUGUCACCACGUUAAAAGGUGAACCAGAAUUAGAAUAUAUAACGGCUGUAAAUACUUCAGCAACUUAUGAAGGAUGGUUAGAACUAAAUGUUACAAGAUCAUUAAAUACAUGGGUUGCAUUUCCACAUUCUAAUCUUGGUAUUUACCUGUCAGUACAUUCUGUUGAUAAACCAGGUCACGAAAUCAAACCGGAUGAUAUUGGCAUUGUAAAUACAAAAGGUGAUCCUGACAAACAACCAUUUAUGGUUGCAUUCUUUAAAGCUUCACCAAAUUCAAUGAAGAAACGAAAACCACGUGGUAUUGGUCGAAAACGAAAAUCGAAUUAUAAUUCACCAAGAAAAUAUCGAGAUACUAUGAUUGAAUCUGGACAAUCAAGAAAUUGUCAAAUUCAAACAUUAUUCGUCAGUUUUCAAGAUUUACAAUGGCAAGAUUGGAUAAUUGCACCGACUGGUUUUGAAGCAUUUUAUUGUACCGGUGAAUGUAGUUUCCCGUUAAACGCUCACAUGAAUGCAACAAAUCAUGCAAUCGUACAAACAUUAGUACAUUUAAUGAAUCCAACAAAUGUACCAAAACCAUGUUGUGCACCCACAAAAUUAUCCGCAAUAUCUGUAUUAUAUUUUCGGGAUGAAAAUGAAGUGACAUUAAAAAAAUAUAAAAAUAUGGUUGUGAAAAGUUGUGGAUGCCAUUAAAAUAUAAUAUUAAUUUUUUUUUAUUUAUAAGACGUAUCGAAUGUUCUAGAUCAAAAAUUAAUUUCUGGGAUUAAUAUAACAAAGCGAUCAUCCAAGUACUUCUAAUUAAUUGUAAAAUUUUCGAAAGUUA